AGAACACAGGGAUGAUUUAUAAAAGAAAAAACUCAAACUUUAAACUUCUCACACACCAAUGUUCAAUCAAUCAGCAUUAAAUUUAAAGCGUAUGACCCAACUGCAGACCUACCAAGACUUGGUCGAUCUUCACUCACAUGCUGGGCAAAGACUGCAUUCAUUCGAGAAGCUAAUGUUACUUCUGGAAGAGCUCCAGAGAUCAGCGGCUCAGGUAGGAGGAUGUGGUGGCAAGGAACUACUAGUCACUAAUUCCUCAUGAAAUGAGACCAGAAGUAAAAGUUCUGGCUAACAUGCUAACAUGAGCCUGUUAGUGGCAUCAUGGUGUGGGAAAGGUUUCUACAGGGAAGCUGAUAAAAGUUCAUGUGGAAAAAAUAGCAGAGGGAGCUAAUGCUGAAUUCCAAUUGCACUCUGAACUGGGAAAUUUCGACUUCCCAGUUGGAAAAAAAUCAACCGCAACGCCCUCCAUAGUCGGAUUUCCUACUGGGAAACUAGGAGCAACUCCGAUUUCCUGUUCCAAUAUGGCCGUUCCUCAUGCCAACAGUUGUAAGAUGUGAUGGAAAUGUGCUUGUUUUACAAGAUACACAUGUAAAAGUGGGUCUAAAAUCAUUAUUACAUGUAGCGCCUGCAACUAUAAACUGAACAAAUGAAAAGUGAUGUUUGCUUAUGGAAACAAUGUUUGUAAGUCACUCCAAACAAGGUUUAUGGGUGUCGCCAUGUUGAAAUUCAGACGUUUUAACUGGAACUCUGUCACCUCAGUUCUGAGGUCAAACCCAACUUUGAGUUGCAACUUCCCAGGUACCUGGAACGCAGCAUAAAUGCAGAGUGAAACUAGAAAAAAAAGAGACUCCAGACAAGGUCAGAGGUUCAUCUUCCAGGACAUUGGUCCUAAACAUACAGAUGGCGAAAUGCAAUGAAAUGGUUUAGAUCAUAUUCAUGAGCUAAAACAGUACAGUAAACAUCCAAACCUAAAUCUAAUCGGUCAUUUGUGGGGAGACUCAAAACUUGCGUUUGACAGAUUCCAACCCUACUGAGUUUGGGCUUUAGAAUAAAGAGCAAAAUGAAAAGAAAAACCCUUAAAGACUUUUCAACAAACUGAAGCUUCAACAGACUAAUCGAAUUGUUUCUUUCUUUGAAGAUCUGUAGGAAAAGUGAAGGUAAGGCCUGUUUUCCUGGUGGCGAUUUAGAAAAAGAAAACGUCGGCCGUGGCCGUAUGAACAGCUGAAUGCUCCUACUUUAAGUGAUGCCUUGCGCAUCACAAUUACUCACACACAGCUCUGCAUCGGACCGUGAUCUGACUUUUGUGCUCGCGCGAAUGUGAGCCGCCGCAGUAGCCGAUGAAAGCCGAAUUCCCGGGCGACACCUGCCCCCUGCUGAGGCCCACCAUUUGUUUGACCUGACAGAUGGAGAUCAGACUGAAGAGAGAUGAGUGGGAACCCACCGAGCACGCUCAGGUUUCUUGGUGCCGUGAAAAGAUUUGUCCCGUCCAUUCAGAUCCGAUGGAGUUUCCCAUGUUCCGCGCCGCACCGGCUUUUUGUCGGACUAUCUUUCUCAUCUCCGCGCGCACAAGAGAGAUACAGCGCGAGGCUGACGUCGGGGGUUCAGUUUGGCUUCCUGGGUGCCCACCACAAACUGUGGUGUCCCCCCAGUUAGGAGGUUGCUCUCUCGUCACAAAUCCGCAGGAAGACGACGGUUCCGGCCAAUUACCUCGGAAAAAGACUGGAGACAGGUAAACAGGUGAGGGGAAAAACACACAAGUGGGGUGGGCUGGAGGAGGGAAGUGGGAUGAAAUGAGCCGGAAAGAGGGGGUGACCUCAGUUUAAAAGGCGUUGGGUGAAGGGGUCAAAAAGAGGAGGCAGAGAAGAAGGAUUAGGGGAGCUGAAGACAGAAGGCUGAACUCCUCUGGUCGAGGUCAGAGUGUGCAGCAGAUAAGUGGAGGGAAGCAUUGUUUUUGCCACCUCUAAUUUCGACAUAGGUGCUGUUUUGGUUUUUUUUUUUUGUCGUUUUUCUUUUUGACAUGUAACUGAGGAAUGUGGUUGAUCCAGUGUUGACCCCCCCGCCCCCUGACAAUGACCCCGGGCAAACCUCUGUCAGGCGCCGGAAUGGCACAGACCUGCUUCCUCCUCCUGUUAAUUGGGAACGCCAUCUCGGUUUCCACACAGUUUAAUGGAUACAACUGUGACGCCAACUACCACAGCAGGUUUCCUGCUGAGCGGGACAUCAGCAUUUACUGCGGGGUCCAGACCAUCACCCUGAAGAUCAAUUUCUGUCCCGUGCUCUACUCGGGCUACACAGCAGCAGACCUGGCCCUGAACGGCCAGCACGGCGAUGCUCAGUGCCGCGGCUUUGUCAACAACAACACGUUCCCCACCGCCGUCCUGUUCAGCAUCAGCCUCAACACUCUGGAGGCCUGCGGCAACAGCCUGGUGGUCAGCACAGCUCAAGGGGUCAACGCCUAUGGGAACAUGUCUCUGGUGCAAAUUGGGAAUAUCUCAGGAUACAUCGACACCCCUGACCCGCCGACUAUAAUCAGUUACCUGCCUGGUUUGCAGUACAAGUUCAGCUGCAGCUACCCGUUAGAGUACCUGGUCAAUAACUCACAGCUGGCGUCCUCGUCUGCAGCCGUAUUAGUGAAGGACAGCAACGGCACGUUUGUUAGCACGCUCAAUAUGAUCCUGUACAACGACUCUACGUACAGUCAGCCUCUGUCGAUCCCAAUGACCGGCCUCGCUCUGAAAACCAGAGUGUUUGCUGCUGUAAAAGCUACCAACUUAGACAAACGAUGGAAUAUCUUGAUGGACUACUGUUACACCACCCCCUCAGGGAAUCCUAAUGAUGAACUCCGCUAUGACCUUUUCUUCGGAUGCUCCAAAGACUCUCAGACGACCGUUUUCGAGAAUGGGAAGAGUCAGAUGGGGCGUUUCUCCUUUGAGGUCUUCCGAUUCGUGAAGCACAGACACCAGAAGAUGUCCACCGUGUUUCUGCACUGUGUUACCAAGCUUUGCAGGGCAGACGACUGCAUCAUGCUCAUCCCGAUUUGUGGGCGACGGCGCAGGAGGGAUGGAGAGCAGAGCCUUGAUUCCCGGCCAGUGGCGUCUGGGAAUGCUGUUAUCACGGCCGGUCCAAUCAUCACAAGGAGCGAUGAAACACCUGCCAACAACUCUCAACUUGCAAUUGGCAAAUCCUCCCAGCCAUUAAAUGCUCUGACCAUCGCUCUGAUCUCGGGUGUGGCCAUACUGGGCGGAGUCAGUGUUGCCUUCCUGGUUCUGUCGCUCCGCCUCCUGCAAAAGUCCCGCCUCCCGACAGCUGCAGCCUCAGGUGUUUGGAAUCCCAGCUUUAAUUGAGUUUGACUGCAUUAUUUUGUUAGUUUUUCUAGUCUCUUCAGAGCAUUUGAUUGCUUACUUUGAUAAACUCAUACCUACGUUUUAUAUACAUAUUCCAUGUUUUAGGUAUUUAUUGACUUCAAUACCUCAUUUUUUUUGGGUUCGUCAGUAGUUGACGACAAUCUUAAGUGUUAGGAAAGUAGAAAGGAACAACUUGGGUAGUUUUCGCAAAUAUUUUUUCUGUUAUUUUAACUUUCCGGUCAUUCAGUGGAAAAAGUGUUGCAUUUUAGAACGAUAAUAUGAAUAUUAUGCUGGAUACUGUAUAAGCCAAUGAAUGACUAUAAAAUGGAUUCACCCUUGAUCAUCUUCACAUUUUGUCAUGUUACAUCUACAAACGUCGAUGCAUUUUGUUGAUAUUUAAUUUGUUAUAAUAUGCAACACUUGUCAGUUUUAUAACUACAUUUUGCAAGUAAUUGCAUUGUAUUUUGUAUAAUCCCGAUAACAUAUUCAGGUUUAUGGUUAUAACUUGACAAAAUAUGAAAACGUUUGAGAGAUAUGAACACUUUUUUGCCAUAUACCAUAAUCCAGUCAGUUCAUAACUUUUUUUUUUAUUAUCAAGGUUAAAAGUGAAUGUGUAAAACAAAGAAUGUGUACAAUUUUUGUUGUGCUUCAAAAAUAAAAGUUUUAUUCAA